AGGGAAUAUCUUUUAUUGGAUCAACUUCUGAGCUUACAGAGGGCUCUUCUUCAGGUCUGGGAUCUCUCUUAUUGUUGUCAAUUUGAUUUAACCCUCUCAGACCAAGCUUCUCCUCUGUGCCCUGGUGGAUCAGGCUGGAGGUGAUGUCCCAGGUGUGCAAGGCAGCACUGGAGAGGAGUACUCACAUUCCUGCCACACUCAGGCUCACUGGGGCAUUUGGCCUCCGUUCAGGCAAAAUGUUCAUCGGGGGACUGAGCUGGCAAACCACGCAAGAGGGCUUGAGAGAAUACUUCAGCCAGUUCGGGGAGGUGAAGGAGUGUCUGGUGAUGCGGGACCCGCUGACAAAGAGAUCCAGGGGGUUCGGGUUUGUCACAUUCAUGGACCAGGCCGGUGUGGACAAGGUUCUGGCCCAAUCCAGACAUGAGCUGGACUCCAAGACGAUCGACCCAAAAGUAGCAUUCCCCCGCCGAGCACAGCCCAAGAUGGUAACGCGGACGAAGAAGAUAUUUGUGGGGGGUCUCUCUGUGAACACUACCGUGGAGGAUGUGAAACAGUAUUUUGAGCAGUUUGGGAAGGUGGAUGAUGCUAUGCUGAUGUUUGACAAGACAACCAACCGACACCGAGGGUUUGGAUUUGUCACAUUUGAGAGUGAAGAUAUUGUGGAGAAGGUGUGUGAGAUCCACUUCCAUGAGAUCAAUAAUAAAAUGGUGGAAUGUAAAAAAGCUCAGCCAAAGGAAGUGAUGUCCCCCACUGGCUCUGCGAGAGGGCGGUCCCGAGUGAUGCCUUAUGGGAUGGAUGCCUUCAUGCUUGGGAUUGGCAUGCUGGGUUAUCCAGGUUUCCAAGCUGCCACUUAUGCCAGUCGGAGUUACACGGGCCUUGCGCCUGGCUACACUUAUCAGUUUCCCGAAUUCCGUGUAGAGCGGACCCCUCUCCCGAGUGCCCCCGUCCUCCCCGAGCUCACAGCAAUUCCCCUUACUGCAUAUGGACCGAUGGCGGCAGCAGCGGCGGCAGCAGCUGUAGUGCGAGGGACAGUUUUGCUUCCUCCCUUAGGUUCUACUCCGAGCCGCACUGGUGGGUUUCUGGGCACUACCAGUCCUGGGCCAAUGGCAGAGCUUUACGGAGCAGCCAAUCAGGAUUCAGGGGUCAGCAGUUACAUCAGUGCUGCGAGUCCAGCUCCAAGUACUGGCUUUGGUCACAGCCUAGGGGGUCCCUUGAUUGCAACGGCUUUUACCAAUGGGUACCACUGAAGCUAGCGACCAAGGAGGCAGGAGAUUCCCCAGUGACCUAACCAAGGACAGCGGGCUGGAGGAUCUGGUGAGCCUUGGAGGAUGAGCCAAGGUUUCCUUUUUAUUGAAUAAAACUGCACACUGCCGGCUGGCUGCCAGGCUCCUGCUGACCUGCCCUGAUCUCUCCCAUUGAACAGACCACACUGGACUGAACCCAAGGAGAUCAUCUCGCUUUCUUACUAACCACCGAUGGUUUACGCUUCUCCCUCCCCCAACCCACCGAUUCUUCUUUAUUUAUUUUAUUAGCUGGUAGUUUUAUUUUUUAUUUUAUUUUUUUAUCUUUAUUUUUUGGGGGGGUGACCCUCUUUUUCAUUGUUUGCUCUUUCCUGAGCUAGUAGACAUAUUUUAUGAAUUGGCUUUGUGAUCGUGUUAGGUAGUUUUUAAUGAGUAUUUUUAUUUGGCUUUGAAAUUGUUUUGAAUCUUUUCAACUCUGUUGUUGUCAACAUUUUUAAAGGACAGUAUGUGAUGUGAAUGCAGUUCUGAAGGGAAGAGAGAGACAGAGAGAGAGAACGCUGAGCAGAACUGACGCUUUUUUUUUUUUUUUUUUUUUUUUAAGAAACUGUUUUUAAUUGUUUCUGUUUUGUAAAUGUGAGGUUUUGAAAUGUGUGAAGCUCCAAGGAUCUGAAAAGGUGGGACAUCGCUACAGAACAAAACAAAAUGUAUAUUUUGCUAAGUAAAAACACUACCCUUACAGCUGAAAGUAUUUUUGUUUUCCUAGAUUUAGUUUUCCGUGGGGUUUUCUUUUUCCUAGUGUAUAAUAUGUAAAUAUCGUGAGGUGAACCUGGCUGCAGCCUGACUCAAGGAGCAGCUCAGGGUUCCUGAACCUGGCACCUCAGUGUGAGCAAUAUUCUCCAGCAGAAUCCUGACAGGACUCCUUUCUUUUUUUGUACACCUUUUACUGUAAGAUUUUAAGACCUCUGAGAUGAAGGGGGGAGAGAGGGGAAUGAAACUUACCGGCCAUCGGCUAUUUUGCUGAGCGGGUUAAAGCUGCUUCCAGUCGCUUGAUGUACAGACUCCAACCACUGGGCUCCCUAAGUGCCAGCAUCUGGUUUGGCUAGGCAAAGGGCUUUACUGCCCCUGCUUGUCUUUGUUAUUUUGAAAGGAAUUGACUCUCCAAACAGUAUCGCUUGUGUCAAAAAGGUCUGGGGAAGGGCAUCAUCUUCUAGGGGGCAGGGUACUGGGAAGGGCUCGUCAGGGGUGGGAUGUGGGGGUGGUCAUUCUCUGAAGGGCAGAGCAUUGGGUGGGGGAAGUCAUUAACUAGGGAGGGAAAAGCACUGGGGGUGGUACUGUAUGGGGGAAGGGUGAGUCAAGGGCUUCUCAGGGAUCAUAUGAAUUCUAGAAUCACAGCUUCCCAUUUGCUUUCCUCUGUGUCCUGAAAUCUGUGGGAGUUCAUCCUCUGUCCUGUAAUUUGAUUAUAUGGUCCCUUCUCCUGAGGCUGCCCAAGCCCUUGUUAAUAAGUGGCCUCUGCUGGGGGGUUGCCUCAAGCAGGAAUUUAAGGGGCAGGUUUGGGUCUGGAUUUGUUUUAAGUGAACCAAAGACCUUGUUAAGGGGGGUGAUUAAGCCUUUUAUUAAGAUGCAGCCCAACACUUUUCCCAGGGAAAUAAUAUAGCUUCAUCUUAAGUUUUAAAAAUCAUUCCCUCUCUUCUCCCAAAAUGAGCCCCAGUAAGUGAGAGGAUUGGAGGGGAGGCCAAGUUGCCCAAAUGGACCCAUUCUUCCCUUCCACUUCCCUAGCUGCAUUGUGGCUAGCUUUGAGACCCAGCAGUGUGGGCCGUGCCUGACCAAGCAAUACAUUUGGAGAGCUCUGUUUAGUAAGAGGUACUUAAUGGGUUAGUACUGAAAACACAAAGCAAUAAUUUUUGUUACUGAGACAAGAGUCUGUAUGUCUGGGUUUUUUUAAUAUUUCCUAAUUAAAGAAGAGCUGCAUUGUAUUGGGUUUAUUUUUAUUCUGUAUACUUCAAAUUUGGGUCUGCAGACAGCGCUUUCUUCCCUCUUGGUACAUGCGCUGAGCUGCUUCUGUGCCCCCUUCCACACACCUCCCAGCCCCACUGUAUUGCCACUGGGCUGUGAUUCGCUCUCCAGCCAGUGCUGCUGCUGCCCAGAGGCUGGGGCUCCGGUUUGAGGGUGGGCAUUUUUAAAAAAGAAAUAAAGCUAUGUUUUGAAGCCAGUAAGUUAUUACACUCCAAUGUUUGUUCUCUCCACACCUGUAACCCUUUUUCCAGAUUUCAGUUUUAAAUUCCUAAUAAAUUAUUUGAAAAUGGUC